UUUCCAUCUGAUUCUAUUCCUGGUUAUCAAACAAUGAGCAAAGCCGUCUAGGCUGGAUAUCAGCCGAGGAGAUUCCCGCCAGACCUCACCUAAUGCUGUAUAGAUACGAAAAAUAAUUCCUCGUUUUAUCCAAGACGACAGGGGCAAUUGACGGCAAUUCGAUCAACCUACAAACCUGCUCGUCUUUCUGAUGUGGCAGGAAUCUGGGGCGCUCUGAGGAAACCCACGUGGUCACAGGGAGAACAUACAAGCUCCACACAGACAGCACCUGAGAGUGAACUACAAUGGGGUGGUAUAUCCUCCAUUCUCUGCUAAAUGGGGUCAACAAGUACUCCACGUCGCUGGGCAAGGUGUGGCUCUCGGUGAUUUUCGUUUUCCGCGUGUUGGUCUUGGUGGUGGCGGCCGAGACGGUUUGGGGAGACGAGCAGAGCGACUUUGUCUGCAACACCCAACAGCCCGGCUGCAGGAACGUCUGCUAUGACCGCUUCUUCCCCAUAUCCCACAUCCGGCUGUGGGUCUUCCAGCUGCUCUUUGUGUCCGUCCCCUCCUUACUCAUCGGCAUGCACGUCUCCCAAAGGAAAAAGAGCAAGAAGAACAUCAAAAUCUUUCACCUGAAUGCAGCUAAACUGAAAAUAAAAAUCGAUGCCCCUCUCCUACGGACUUACCUGGUCAGUCUUGUCUUCAAGAUGCUAUUUGAAGCCAGCUUUAUGUACUUGUUUUACUGGAUCUACGAGGGCUACCAGAUGUUGCGGCUUGUGAAGUGCAGUGAAUACCCCUGCCCCAACACUGUAGACUGCUUCAUUUCCAGGCCCACCGAGAAGACGAUUUUUACCAUUUUCAUGCUGGUGAUUUCGGCAUUGUGCAUCGUGUUGAAUGUGGUCGAGCUCUGCUUUUUGAUCAUUAGAUAUUGCUUUAUGCAUUGGAAGCAAAGUAUGUUUUCUGCAGCAAAAAACAACGAGAAAGACAGAAGAUUAACGGCGGCUAUCACCUCCGCUGACAAGACCACGGCUGACAUGGAUAUUGACCAAGACAGCCACUCAGAACACUCCUCUGUCUGUUAAAAUAAACCCCACAUUUUAUGAAUUUAGACGUUAGAAGUGCAGCGCAUCAAUAGAUCACUCGUCCAUUGAUCCCCGCACACCAACACUAUCCUACACACACUAGGGACAAU